AUGAAUUCGAAUAAUAAUGGCCUCGCUGGGAACACGGUUGAUUCCACCGAUCACAAGAUCCAAUCUCGACUGCGCAAGAUCGCCGAUUUCCAAGUUCUACCCCUUCUCCUAGUUGCUUUCGCAAGCUACCAGCUAGAUCGAACCAACAUUUCCAGCGCACUGACUGGUGGAUUCGCCUCAGCAAUAUCCGUCGAUCAAAACAUCAUCAACAUCGGCAACCAGCUAAUGUUUCUGGGUGUCAUUGCUCUGGAAAUCCCCUCAAAUGUCAUUUUACAUCGGAUCGGUCCUCGCUACUGGAUCGGCGGUCAGGUUCUGAUAUUUGGCUUUAUUGCGGCGCUGCAAGUCUUUAUUCGCAAUCGCACUGGAUUCCUUGUCACGAGGUCUAUCCUUGGUCUUGCGGAAGCGGGAUUCAUCCCCGGUGCGAUGUUUACUUUAUCUCAAUGGUAUACCCGAGAAGAAAUCACGCGACGGAUCGCAAUCUUCUUCUUUGGCAUGUUUGGAGGGACGGCUGUUGGACCACUUCUGGGAGCAGGACUCCUUAAAUUGGAUGGAAGGGGGAGCCUGUCUGGGUGGCAGUGGAUAUUCUUGGGUGAGAUGAGCAUUCACUUUAUGGAUUCGAGCUUUCACAUAUCUGACUUUGAGUUCCUCACAGUGGAGGGACUUUGGACGAUCACGGUCUCACUUAUGCUGCUCGUAUUUCUUCCUGAAAGACGUAGCUACGAACAGCCUUCCGAGCCCGAGAAGGCGAUAGAGGAGACAGACAGCACAUCGAGAAAAGUGUCUGGAUCAAAGAUCCCACUAAAGGUCAUCCUCGAAACCCUGUCCAACGUCAGUAAAUGGCCGCAUUUUCUGGCAACAGCCUGCGUUUUCGCAACCUGGAGUCCAUUGACUACUUACACACCAAGCAUCAUAAUGUCGCUUGGCUUCUCUCGAGUGGAGUCAAACGCUUUAACCGCCAUUGGAAAUAUAAUGACUUUGCCAGUAGUCUUUUUCUUCGCAUGGCUCAGCGACAAGACUUGCAGACGGGGCAUGACAGUGAUGAUCGCAAUUACGGUAUAUAUGAUUGCACUGAUUUGUUUAAGAGUUAUUCAACCACAUGUCGAUGCCUGGGGCAAAUUUGGUCUUUGGACAAUAGUGAACGCACUCGCGGUCGGUUAUCAUCCUAUCCACAAUGCUUGGAUACAAAUGAAUAGCAGAAGCCCGGAGGAAAGGAGUAUUGGUGUGGCUUUCAUUCUCGCUCCGAUUCGACAAAAUACUAACAGCGUAGUCGUCAUGUGCGCAACUGCCGGAUUAAUGGCAGGCACACAGAUAUUUCGCCAAGAAGACUCUGAAGAGUUCUACCCGAAUGGGCUAUUAAUAAUGAUUGGGCUAGUUCUCAUGGGGCUCAUUCUAACCGCCCUGCAGGAAGUUAUAUACUAUGUGCAAAACCGCCGGGCCGGAAAGCAGGGCAGUUUCACAGAGCUCAAUAUUCUAUGA